AUGGAGAACCUCGGUCGCGGAGUCGUGGCAGUACGCUCAAACGAAACUCAUGUCCUGGUGGGCUGGCGUUUGCUAGGUCUCGACCCUGACGACAUUGGCUUCAAUGUGUAUCGAGCCACAGGCACUGGCAAGACGACACGGCUCAACUCUGAAGUGUUGACCGGCGGGACCAACUUUAUAGAUUCGGAAGCCGAUCUAGGAGAAUCCAACACUUAUCAUGUUCGACCUGUAGUGAAGGGAAAAGAACAAGACGCCAGUGGAAUGUUCAAACUUCCCGCCGACAACGCAGAGGAGCCAGUGGUCCGGAUUCCGCUCCGUUCUGGCGGAAAGAUCAAGUAUGUAUGGGUUGGCGACCUCGACGGUGAUGGCGAGUACGAUUUUGUUCUAGAUCGACAGACUUCGCCUCAGCUCCUAGAGGCGUAUCGCAGCGACGGAACAUUUCUCUGGGAGGUCAACAUGGGACCUAACAGCGAGAAUCAGAACAAUAUUGAGCCUGGGUCGUCAACACUCAACGUCGGACAUUGGGAUGGCGUCACAGUCUAUGACUUUGACAGCGAUGGGCACGCCGAGGUGGCAGUUCGGAUCGCGAACGGCGUCACAUUCGGCGAUGGGGAAACAUUUGAGGAGGGAGACGACGAUAACUCGCAGUUCAUCGCCAUUCUGGACGGAAAGACCGGGGCAUUGCGUGGAACUGCUCAGCUGCCCACCGACUACUUGUCUGACGGCCCCUUGGCUGCUCGGUUCGGCGUUGGUUAUCUGGAUGGCGAACGACCUCACUUGGUGACAUAUUUCAAGAACCGUAUCGGCAAGGGCGGCUUCAACCUCAUCAUGGCGGCUUGGACCUUUGACGGCUCUGAUGUCAGUAUGGAGUGGAAGUGGUUGAGGGAGGAUCAAGAUGCACCAGAUGGACACAACACCCGGAUUAUAGAUGUGGACGGCGAUGGAAAGGAUGAAGUCGCCGAGAUUGGGUUCAUGCUCAACGGCGACGGAAGUGUUCGUUAUCUGCUGGGUCCAGAAGGCAUCGUCCAUGGCGACCGGUACCACAUCGCCAAGAUGGACCCAGACCGCAAAGGGUUACAGGGCUACGGCGUACAGCAAGACAAUCCAAGUCGCCUUUACGAGUACUACUACGAUGCAACAGACGGAACGCUACUCUGGGAGCAUUUCGGGGAUGACGUAGCGGAUAUUGGACGCGGUAUGGCUGGCGACAUUGACCCUCGAUACCCGGGGAUGGAAGUAUGGGGCUUCUCAGGAAUAUACAACGCCCAGUCCAACGAACUGACCGAGAAUGACACUGGCCUGGCGCCUUGGCCGCAUCUGGGCAUUUGGUGGGAUGGAGAUGAACUCAUGGAGCUGUACAACGACGGCAAGUUCGAGAAGUGGGAUUGGGAAAACCCGACGCCUUCGAACAAGCUUCCACGGCUUCUCAAGGCUUCUGACUACGGGGCCAUCAAUCCGACCAACCGCAACCCCGCGUUCAUUGGCGAUAUUCUGGGCGACUGGCGUGAGGAGGUGAUUCUCACCAACGAGGCGUAUGACGAGCUCGUCAUCUUUACCACCGAUCACCCUACCGACAUUCGUCUUUAUACAUUGCCUCACAACCCGGCCUAUCGAAAUGCCAUGACACUGAAGGGAUAUAUGCAGUCGCAUCACGUUGACUACUUCCUUGGCCAUGACAUGAAGCAGCCUCCGAAGCCCAAAAUUCACUACGUGUAG